GGUGGAGGAGGUGCAGGUGGCACAGGUGCAGGUGGAGGCAGAUGCCCAGGAGAAAGCCCAGUCAUCUCAGGAUCCCGCUAACCUUCCCUCCCUCCCACCACCGCCUCCUCCGCUUCCCGCUGGAGGUCCCGCCUCAUCUUCAUCCACCUUCUCUUCCUCCUGGACCUCAUCUGCACCCUGCCUCCUCCCUCUCUGCCCCUGUCCGAGUUUCCUCUCUGCCUGCUCGCACCUCCAUCCUGGGGCUGCCCUGGUCCCAGGCCCCCCAGCCCCGCAUUCCAGAGCAUCCUGCCUGCCGCCGCCUUCUGUGCCCCUCCUGGUCCCUCCCGCCUCCCGGCCUGGGGAGGAGGAGCACAGCCGUGCCUGCUGUGUGCCUACCAGCCCCGCCACAGCCACUGGGCACCUCUGAGGCUGGCCUCAUCCCCAGGCGCCACCACGCCCAGCUCCUACCACCACCACCACUCACCUCUCCUCCUUGCAGGUCCCUGUCUGCACCCUCCCAGCUCCAAGCCUGCUCCCCGGCCCCGCGCCCACCCCCAGAGCUGCCAUCCCUGCUAUUACAAGCCAGAGGCACCCGGAUGUGAGGCCCCAGAUCACCUCCAGGGACAGGGGCUUCCGAUCCGAAAUCCUAUAUUUUUGUACCACGGGGUGGGCCCCUGGCCCCAGGAGGAAGACGCGCUCUCCCCGCUGCCACUUCUGUCUCCACCUGCAGGGCUGUGACUUAUCCCUGCCUCUGGCGGUGGGCUGGGGG